AUGGCUCAUCAAGCUCUGAUCUUCAAAACAAAGAAAAAUAAUCCUUGGAAGUUGCAGCAAUGGAAGUCUGAGAAACUGAGGAUACCCGGUUACUCGACCCGAUCCCUGCGGUUAUGUAGUCGGGCUGGACCCUGCGGGAAUCCUGAAGCCGGUCAUACCAGCGGGAAAGGUUGCGGGAGAGCCCCCGAGGCCAAAAUUACCCGCGGGUUCCAGCCCUACACCACGGGAGACGCCUUCAAGGCGCCCAGACGUUUUCGCCUUGAAGGCGACUUGGAGUCGGCUAGGCAAACGCUCUCAACGCGAAUCAAAGUCGCCUCCAAACUGACUUGGGAACGUUCAACAGGUGGAAGUCGUUUUGGAGGCGACUUGAAAAACCACCCAAGACGGCUUGUGACCGGCUUCAAAGCUGUCUGCAAACCGACUUGGAAACGUUCCCGCCAUGAUGGACGACUUCAGGUCGUUUUUGAAAUGAAACUGCAACCUCACUUGUCUUGCACUCUGGGCGGUCGGCUUUCUUGUCGGGCCUUAAUUCAUACUGAAUCUGCCUGGAUUGGCACCAUUGUGGCCAGGUUGAAUCAAGCAGGCAGUAGAAUUCCAUUUAAAGGCUAA